CCCUAUCCUUCCCAGACACAGUGGUAUCGUCCAUGCACUGCCAUGUUGAAUGGAAGUAGCUCGGCUCUGAGGCGGCCGGACUCCCAAGGAAAAGUUACCUGUUUUCCGUCUUCAGGAGACUGACACCGCAGUUUUCCACAGCAUUUCAGAGACAAACGGGACAUAGUACUGCUUUCACCUAACCGCACGUUCAUUUCGACACCGAGGAUCCUGCAGAACCGCGGCGGGGGGGGGGAAAUCACGAACCCGACCCGAGUCCCGUCAGUGCGAGGAGUCCUGUCGGAAGGCCCGAAUGACCGGAACAGGAGGCUUGUUUAUUUAUCUUUUAUCUGGGGGAUUGGUCUAUUGACUUCCACGUCGGAUUGAAAACUUGCAUUAAUCACCCCAUCCACCAUGAGCGGACACCCGUCGCAACGGCGGCAACCCAGCGCGGGGUCCAUUCUCCUGACACCACAGGAGAACGAAUGUCUCUUCAACCACCUCGGCAGGAAAUGCAUGGCGCUGGCCUCUGCAGUGGUCCAGGUCUACACCGCGGAACGGGGCUCCAACUGGACCAAGAGGAGUUGUGGGGUGGCCUGUCUGGUGAAGGACAACCCCAUGAGGUCCUACUUCAUCAGGGUCUUUGACCUCAAGGAGGCCAAGAUGACCUUCGAACAGGAGCUGUACAACAAUUUCAACUUCAACACAUCUAAGUCCUACUUUAUCACGUUUCCCGGGGACACCUGUCAGGUGGGCCUGAACUUUGCCAGCGAAGAGGAGGCCAAGCGGUUCCGGGCCGGGGUGACCGACCUGGUGGGGAGGAGACAGAGGAAGUCUGAGAAAAGACGCGACCCUCCAAAUGGUCCGGCGUUGCCGAUGGCGACCGUGGACAUCAAGAACCCCGAGAUCCACAACGCCCCGGGGGGCGGGCACCGUUACCAUAACAACUCCCAGGUGAACAACAUCGUGCUCUCCUCCUUCCCCAAGAAGGAGAAGAAGGUGAAGGGCGGGAAGAAGAAGAGGCUGACCAAGGCGGACAUCGGCACGCCCAGCAACUUCCAGCACAUUGGACACGUGGGCUGGGAUCCCAACACAGGCUUUGAUCUGAACAACCUGGACCCCGAGCUCAAGCACCUGUUCGACAUGUGCGGCAUCUCGGAGGCCCAGCUGAAGGACAAAGAGACGUCCAAGGUCAUCUACGAGUUCAUCGAGAAGAAGGGCGGCGUGGAGGCGGUGAAGAACGAGCUCAGGAGACAAGCCCCCCCUCCCCCUCCCUCGAGAGGCGGCCCCCCUCCACCCCCGCCCCCCCCCCCACCACGGCUCGGCCCCUCCCUCCCCCCCCCGGCCCGCGGACGCGGCGCCCCCCCACCCCCUCCCCCGUCCCGGGCGCCCACCUCGGCUCCGCCUCCCCCGCCCCCCUCCCGCGGCACGGGCGGGCCCCCCCCUCCCCCACCUCCCCCCCCCAGCCGCGUCUCCCUCCCGCCUCCCCCGCCGCCCUCCCACGCCUGCAUGCCGCCGGCUCCCCCCCCUCCCCCUCCCAUCUCCUCCGCCGGUGGUGGGGGCGGAGCCCCGGCCCCUCCUCCCCCGCCGCCGCCUCCGCCCGGCCCCCCUCCCCCGGCUCCUCCCCCCAUGUCGGAGAGCGUGGACAGCGGGGACGGCGAGGGCGGGGGUAAGUCGGCCCUGCUCAACCAGAUCCGCGAGGGCCGGCAGCUCAAGAAGGUGGACAGCCAGAAGGAGCGGCCGGUGUCGUCCAACACGGGGCGCGACUCGCUGCUGGAACAGAUCCGCCAGGGCAUCCAGCUCAAGGCCAAGGUGGAGGGCGAAGGGCCAGCCCCCAACGCCGCCCCCUCUGCGGGCAUCGUAGGGGCCCUGAUGGAGGUGAUGCAGAAGAGGAGCAAGGCCAUCCACUCCUCAGAUGAGGACGAUGAUGAUGACGAAGAUGAGGACUUUGAGGACGAUGACGAAUGGGAAGACUAGUGCUCCUUAUCCCCCCCCCACCCCUUCCCAGAUGAUUAUUACAACACUAAUAACAGGAAAAGAAAAAUCUUUCACAUUCGGAUUAUAAAUGUAAAUGUUCCAAUGAUUUGCUGUAUAUUUUUGUUGCCUUUAAGCUUUUUUUUUUUUUAUUAUUAAUCCGUGCAAUAUGCUGUUUAAUCUGUAAAUAUGUCUAUCUGGUAUCCUAAUGUAACAACCUUUUUUCUUUUUCUAUUCUCGUCUUUUCUUACUCUCUUUCCUGAUUUAUUUUGUUGCCUUCCUCUUCCUGGUGAUGGAUACUGACGGGUAUUGUCACUCUUACUCUAUCAUGCUUUUGCAAAAUCCUCCCUCCAUUCCCCCGAUUGACGCGUGCAAUCAUGACAUCAUAGGGUCUCUCGAGCUAGAGUUUAUUUUUCUGGUUUAGAUAAGCGAUUUAAUGGCGGGGUUAGUAAAGAAUCAAUUGUUGUUAAUCAGGGGGGGGGAAGAAUUAUAUUCAACAAGACUAUUUUCAUAUCCAAUUGCUCUGUAGUUUAUUUUUACUUAUUCGAAAAAUGAUCCUAGUUUAGCGCUCUUAUUUUCUUAAAACACAGGAAGAAGGAAAAAAAAAAUUCUCUUCUUCUCCUAAAUAUUUAGCUUUAUCCGUUUAUCAAUUGUAAAUUUUGCUCCAGAGUUCUGAGUCUUGGUAUAUUUUUGCACAAAUGGAAAGAGGAAGACUCUGCAUGACUAUGGGCUAGUUUCAUGUCCAUAUCGCAGCGGAUCGUACCUACACUUUACUAUCAAGGUAAACCACACCUCAUCAAGCAUUUAACCAAUACACAUCCAACUAUGCAUUAACACGUAUACACAAGGUGUGCCGCAACAUAACCGGUGGCUGUCUGUGAAUUUUAUGGGAUUGUACUUUUUCUUUUGUCACUACACUACACUACAGAUACACUUUUCUUUUCUAAACUAGUUUUUUUUUUUCACCUUCAGUUUAAAGUAUUUUUUGGUUUUAAUCCAGAGGUUCAGUACAUUGUGAAAAACUAAAAGAAAUAAAUACAUUUUAAUUUAAGAGAUACAAUAUUUUUGCUUAAGAAUUGAGCUACAUGCUAACGGUUUAUGACUAGAAACGAAAGUAUCAGUGAUCUUAUUGAACGCUUGUACUUAAACCAUAGUAAGUAUACAAACAUCGUAAAGAUACCUAGAUUAUAUGCAUACUUUCUGGGGUUUCAAGUGUAUCAUGCAAAGUGGACAGCAUACGACAAAAAAAAACUAGAGACUGCUUCAAAUCCCUAAAACUUUUUUAAAGGAGCUAUUACAGCUCCUUUAUUUUUCUAUGAUUCAGCUGUCGAGACUUUAUCAGGGUUUGUUAUGAACUUUCUUGAUAAAACUUAAUGUAACCAUACUGUGUCAUAAUUCAACAUUUUAUAUCAUCAUGGCUACGGUGUUCCGCAAUGAAGCACAGUUUCUCACUGUCAUUAUUUUCUUUCUUUUUUUUGACGUAUCUUUGUUUUCGGCCCAACAAUUAGCUCUGUAAUUAGUCCCAAGUGAUUUAUUGAUUUUCCAUUCUUCCAUUUUCUGCGCUGUUGGCACCAAUAUAUUUUCAAAAAAUUAAAAUAUACAAAAAAAUGAACUUGUAGUCGUUCUGUUGUACUCAACUUGUAGUUGCAUUUUGUUUUAGUACAUUUGUAAUGGUACACCUUUCAUGGCAUUGCUAUGGAUAACGAAACCGGUUUGAACAGCAUUUGUGUUGGUUUAGAUACGAACUUCAGGAACUAUAGAAACAGUACUGAGCAGGUCUAGUACUGAGCAAACAAACCAGCUCACGGCAGUCUAAACCCAGCUCACUUUCCAUAAUUGGCAAUAAUAACUGAUCAUUUGGUGUAAUAGUUAUCUGAGCUGUUAAGACUCAUGAUUGUUUGAGUUAAUGAAUUUUAUUGUACAAAUUGUAUGGAUCACUGAGCAAGAUGUCCAACCUGACCUGCCCCUAAAAUAUUAUCAGAAAAGUAUGUGCUUUUUUAAUUGUGACAAACUCCAUGUAUUGUAAGUAUUUAACAGGUGUGACGGUAGUCUAUCCAGAUAAAAACGUUUAUGCGAUACUUCAGAGAGCCUGGCACAAGCAGUGAUGGUCGAAAGUCAAUUUCUUUCGUACAACCUUUCAGUGAGGCAAUAUAACACUAUGGUUAAGUAGUGGAUCAAAGUUGCUUCUACUUCCAGGAGAACUGCUAUUGAAGUCCGACCAGGGCUUAAUUCAAGUAGAUUAAAACCACUUUCUUUAACUACCAGUUCAUUUUUUAUUUUUUUAUUUUUUUAAAGGGAUGUCGAAACUCGUUGAAGAUGAAGGGGUCAACGGAAUAAAAAGGUGGGUUGAGUGAGUUCAACACACAGUGGUCCUCCUGUCUAACUUGUUCGGUGGAGCACAGUGUUUGCAUCGGCCCAUGCUAAGAUCAGAGUUCAGGGUCUCGACGCUUUGGAUAAAAGCAUCUCCCAGAUGGCAUGUAUUUAUUUACUGCUUUAUUUAAUGCAAGCA